GUUAUUGGCGUUGGAUUCAGUUCAUUUUGGCCCGUUGAGAUCGCUCGACAUGAAUCCAAUCGUGUCCAUUCUUAUAGGUGCUCUAAUUUUGGCACGCAUUGACGGAGAGCCCUCGAUGGGUAAUAAUGGUGGCUUCACCUUACCCAAAGGUGGAAUCAAGUCCGACAUUCCGAAUCAAGUGCUCAAACCUUUUGCCACAGACAUGGUGACCCAAGGUGUGGCAGUGGCUCUUUUGGCUGGAUUGGGCGUCUUGAGCGGAGGCGCAGCUCUGAGCGCCCUGUCCGCACAAAGUCAAUUACAGAAGCUACAGGGGAACUUCCGCACGGUUUGCAACGCCGUCCGUGCUGCAGGAGCUGUGGAUGGAGGAGCAAUUCCCAUAGGUCCUCCAGGACCCCCGGGACCAGUCGGCCCCCCUGGUCCCGCAGGAAUGGACGGGACUUGCAGUGCCGCAGGGGACGAUUGCGCUGAAGUCCAAGCCGACAUUAAUGACGUUAUUGCACGAUUGAAUGCGGUGUCGGUCCUCCAGGACCCCCGGGACCAGUCGGCCCCCCUGGUCCCGCAGGAAUGGACGGGACUUGCAGUGCCGCAGGAGGCGAUUGCGCUGAAGUCCAAGCCGACAUUAAUGACGUUAUUGCACGAUUGA